CUGCAGGGCGUGCACCAGGGGCCCGGCUUCCAGCACAGUGCCUUUGGCAGAAUCCGAAUGCGAAUAUGUUCUUACACUGUUUCCCCAGCCACGUGAUGCUCACAUAACUGGAGGAACCCUGUAGCUCUCAAUGAACUUUACACAGCUCUUUCAUCCUGGAGCACUCCCACAUUCUGCUUCCUGAAGCUUUUAUUUUUUGCAUGUCAUUCUUCCUCCCCCCCCCCCCCCCCCUUUUUUUUUUUUUACAGAAACUAUGUGUUGUUAACAGAAGUUUUAAAAUCAGAGUUGAGUGACUCCUAGCAGGUGUUAUUUGGUAAAAACCAUCACCGGUUUCACAUUUAGGAUCCGUGAAUAAUCUUCUGUACAUGAAGAUGCAGGAGGACCUGUCAGGUUGAUUUUCGGCCUUCCCUGGGCUGUGAGCAGCACGUGUGGGAGGGCUGCAGUGCAGCUGUGGUUUGAGCCCUUUGGUCGGUCGCUGGCACUGCAGGUGCAGCGGGGCUGUAGCUCUGUCGGCGAACGGGAGGUGGCAGUGGCUGCUGCAGGAAUAAGAGAUACAGCUCUGCAGAGAAACUAACACACACUGGACAGGCUGGAACCCACGCUCUUCAAAUACGUUGUAAAAAGUAGGAAAUACCCUUUCCUGAAGAGAUGUUGCACAGAAUUUGUUGCACCAAAUUCUGAUGGAUUAGAAAAAAAAUAGGAUAGUAUUUUAAUAUGGAGAAAGAAAAGUUGCUUUUCCUUGGACUGUGAGAGUUGUCUGGCAGCAGUGCUUGAUAAGUGUGUGCUUCCUUUGGGGUCAGCUGCUGUGUGCAGUGCUGUUCCAUUGCUUGGGAUUUGGCUGUUGCUAGGACAUCUUGGGUCAAGUUCAAACCAAAGGCCCAGAGCAGAUAAGACAACCUGGCAUUCCAGAGUCUUUCUGCUCUCCCUCUGUGGCUUAUGGUGUCACUAGGAAUACUUUUCAGAUGUAUUCUGUCAGUAGUCUAUCUUGGACAAUAAAGAAGCAUAAAUAGAACUGUCUGAACUGGAAAACUGUGUUUACAGACUUUGGUGCCUGUCAAAUGUCCACUUCCCGAGUGUAUGCAUUCCCUGAACUCUGUGCUGUUUCUUUUUCAGUUUCAAAGAAGUGUCAGAAGGCUCGUGAGCACUUUGAUACAGUGAGAACACAGAUGGAGUCUCUGAAGACCAAGUUUCCUGCUGAUCAGUAUUACAGGUUUCAUGAGCACUGGAGGUUUGUGCUGCAGCGGCUGGUGUUCCUGGCAGCAUUCGUAGUCUACUUGGAGUCAGAAACAUUAGUGACCCGAGAAGCUGUUGCAGAAAUACUUGGGAUUGAAGCUGAUCGAGAACGGGGCUUUCACUUGGACAUUGAAGAUUAUCUUUCUGGUGUGUUAACUCUGGCCAGUGAGCUGGCCAGGCUGGCAGUGAACAGUGUCACAGCUGGGGAUUAUUCUCGCCCUCUCCGCAUCUCAACCUUUAUCAAUGAGCUGGAUUCUGGAUUCCGCCUCCUCAACCUGAAGAAUGACUCCCUGAGGAAACGUUACGACGGCCUGAAAUACGAUGUCAAGAAAAUUGAGGAAGUGGUUUAUGACUUGUCGAUCAGAGGACUCAAUAAGGAGGCACCAGUUAGUGCAGGCGGGGAGAAGUGAAGGAUGCUCGUUUGAACAGCAUCAUCGAUUACCUCAGAUGGUUGCCAAUUUAGGAAGUACCUAGAGAAGCCUUCCUGCAGUAGUUUAGAAGAACUGCAGCUCAAAGCUGCUCUCUAUUUUCUUACAAAAGGUGUAGUACAGUUGUUAGAUGUUUUGUAAAAUCAUGUCUAGAUUAGGACAGGAGACUGUUUCCAGUGGAAUUCCUCUGUCAAGCACAUGGUGCCAUUCUCUGCACAGCAGCAAUAGUAGUCAGUAACUCCCAUGAGCUGAGAUUCCAAGUAGUUCUGUAGUGCUGCUUCUGUGCUCUGUCAGGGAAGUGCUAUGGCUGUCUCUGCUCCCACACCCUCAGAGGUGUGUGCACAGCACACAGCUCAGUGCAGACACAUGGGAUCUUUUAAGAAACACAGUGUGUAAAUACUUUUUUUUUAAGACUUUUUUUUCCUUUUUGUUUCUUAAAUUUUCACCUAUGUAAGUUGAACAAAUUUGCAUAACUGUUUAUGAACCAGAUCCAGAUCUCUUUGUUAAUGUACCCCCUGUAAUUGAGAAAUUAGUGAAAAUGCUCCUUAGAAUUCCUCUAUUGGAACUGGUGUCUUGCACCCUUUUUUUUUUUUUUUUUCCUUUUCCACAAAGAUUUCAAUAGCCAGGGAGAGCAAGGUUUUCAUAGAUACCUGCUUUCUCUGUCUGAUAUUUGUUUUUACUGGCAUGAGUAAAUGCAGAGUUUUAAAUGAUGAUUUGCCAUGAGAACUCAGUGUAACCAAUUUUUAUGGUUUUUUAACUUCUAAGUUUUCUGAAUAGAGAAGUGUAAACUGAUAAACUGCAGGUGGUGUCUGAGUUGUAACAACCUGUACAGGCCACAACUGUACCUGUGUCCUGGGAUUAAAAAAAAAAAAACACCACAAAACUAUAGUUUGUGUAGUAAAAUGUUUGUAUCUCCAGAAAUGGGGAAGUCACUGCUUUCAGGUAAGUAUAUAAGAUGUUUGCAAAUACCAACAGCCUCUUUCAUGUGUGUAAGUGGACAGACUCAUGUCUCUCUAUGUGCUUGUUCUCUUGUCCUAAAUAACUUUGAGUUUUACCAUUCUCCUACUUCUGGUGGUCCAGGAGGAUUAAGGAGAACAGCAGCUUAGGAGGAGGAGGAAUGCUUCAGAGGAUGAAUGGGAAUGGUCAAGUUCAUGUGGGGUUUGUUAGCGUUUUGGUUUCUUAGUGAAGAUUUACCACUGAAUUAGGGGGUUUUGUUUAUUGGAAGAAAAUGGCUUAUUGGUUAUUUUGGCCAAUAAAAGCUGUUCUUUGAUUAUG